ACCAUAUACCUAUUUGCUUUGUACAUAGAUCAGGGAUGGCGAACAGGACUGUAACAUAUCAUUCUACAGAAUUCAACCCCGCUACGCCAGACUCAAAAAAUCGAUAUGUAGGCCAACUAGCCACAUAGUCGCGGGACACUGAGGCAUGACAUUCGACAGGUCAUCUAUCCUGACUGCCUCGCGCUCCUUCGGUGGUCCGCAUGUACUGCUGACCGAGUUCAUCACUGCACUGAAAUUCCACAACAAGGCUUCGCUCUUAUGACGGCCGCGGCUCAACUAGCUAACACGAUGCGAGGAAAGCAUAGAGACCAAGCUAGAAUAACUUACUGCCUCCUCAACACGACUGCAAGCUUCGCACCCAGAACACUGACACAGCCCACCUGGAACUGUCGAGCACAAGUGGGACAGUCACGAUGACUGGUGACAACGGCCCGGUCCACGAUGAUCAGCGCGAGGCCGGUCGUGAUGAGGGUACAAGGUGGAGUAACCCCUCCGAGAACAGGAUUCUCUUGAGCCUCAAUUCCCGGACGGCCUCCGUGAACGGAAGCUCGCAGAAGCCCGGCCCCAGCAGGUGGGAGCGUAGACGGGCGCUUCGGCAGCCCCAGGGCAUACCUAUUCUCGGUCCCCGCGUUCAGGAUCCGACGAAGUGAGGAUAAGCGAACCAAUCCCAAAACCCCUAUCCUUGAGUCGAGUAGAAAGAUGAGAUGGCGAGUGGAAACGUGAGUAUCAUGUGCCACGUAAGAGAUGGCUCGUA